CACAGUUGCCGUGUCAAUAUAGAGUACAUGGUCACCACGUCCAGCUUUGUUUUUGUUUUUUACCCAUUCAAUCAUUUAGAUUUUUAUUUUUUAUUUUUAACCAAAAUGCACUCCAUGACUUAAAAUUAAAAUUACUCUCACCCAAUCUCCCAAUUAGCUUUGCAGGCCACGACCAGUCACCUUUGCUCCAUUCCAGGCCACAACUCGCCGUCAACCAUCACUCGGUCAACGUCGCCGGCCGCGGGUUCAAUUUUAUCGGCGUCGCCGGCCGCGGGUUCAAUUUUAUCGGCGUCGCCGCCGACCACCGAACUCCUGUAGCCAAGCCUCUCACUGUCGCGAGUCUCCUCUGUUGCGCCCUGUCUUAGCCGCCAUCACUGUGUAGUUUGGGCUGCGAGCACUUUAGCGUGAAGCAAACCACCGCCCUCGUCGGACGCUGGCGCCUUCCGGUGACAUCCAGGACUGUUCGCCGCCGUCGUUUACCACCUGCGCCGUCGCCCCCUUGCUCUGGCUGUCUAUCCCGAUUCAGCCAUCGUCGUUGUCUUGCUCUGGAUUUUGCACCGCCGCCGCUAGGUCACGCAACAAGCAGCUGUUAAUACCUUAUGGAUAUACUGGACUCCAUAGACUCUGAUGAAUUGCUCAGUGGUGACGGGGAAUUAGUGUUGGAGAAUUUUCCUCAUCCCUGGGCAGAUGUGAAUUCUGAUGUUGAAGAAAUUAGUCCCAUAAAGCCACGAGCCGCUUCAGUCAAACCACCAAAACGUCGCUACCGUGGUCCGUAUCCACCCUUAGACCCGAGCCCCAUCUUACACUACAGGUCGCGCCUCUCAGUUUCCAAGUUUGAAAAGUAUAAGAAAUUUUUUCCGUCCACAGUGACUGUCCGAUGUCCCGAUUCGGAGGAUAUUGUAACCGAUCCUCCUAAGGGUCACUUUUUCGGGGUGCAUAUUCUUUCCAUAAAAUUAGGAUUCCGCUUUCCCACACACCCUUUGAUUAUCGAGUUUUUAAAUGAUCUUGAAAUUUCACCUUGUCACUUGACUCCGCUCGGUCAUCAGUAUUUGGUAGCUUUCCUGGUCCGGUGUGGGACACUUGGGAUUGAACCGUCCCUAGACCUCUUCAAGCACAUGUUCCGAGCUGGGCAGUGCUCGGCAUCUGAUAGUCUGUCCUGGGUGUCUAUCUCUCAGCGCAACCACUUUGACAUGUGGAAGGUCACUCGUAGCAACGAAGCCAAUUGGAAAGAAGAAUUUGUCUAUGUGUCGUCUGGAUCUCCGUUACCUUUUUCAUCGUCUUUGAAUUGUCGGUUUAAGAAGUAUUCGUACCCGAAACUUCCGGUUGACCAGGAGACAUGGCCGGCUAUGAUUCUUUCUGGAGGACCGUAUAGCCUCUCUGCCUUUACUUCCGAGGACCGCCUAACCACGGUUGGACUCUAUUCGCCGUCACCAUGUUCGGGUGCACACGCAUCCACGUCCACGGAUCAAGAUAUGACAUCGCGGUUGGAGAUGUUCCAAAGCUUCGACCAGGAUGGGCCUAGCGGUAGUGACCAGGGGCGCUCUGACAAGAAACCAAGGGUUCCCUCCGUCACAAAAGGCAAGGAUGCCAUUGUAACUGUGCCUUCAUCCAUUGCAAAACGCAGGGCCGCUAGCCCCGCAGCCCGCGUCACCCGUAGCAUGAGUGAUAUUCCCACGGCGGGGAUGACUACUUGGUUACGAGGUAACCUUGAGUUACCUCCGCUCUUAUCACAGGUGAUCACGGCGACUGAGAAGGAGAAAAUUUCAACACUUGACCAUGCUGCUUUAGAGAAGAGGAGCCACCAUGGCCUGGCCGAGCUACUGUUGUCCAUCUCCGAGGUGAACCGAAGGAAAGAUGAGCGCGAGAAAGAUUUGUCGCUACAACUCACCGAAUUAGCGAAGGAGGUGGCAUCGCUCAAGCUCGUGCGUGACUCACAUGCAGCCGAGGUCACUGCGCUUAAAGAAAUGCACGCCGUGGAGUUGGCCAAUGCAAGGGGGCGGGCCGUGGAUGCAUACAAGAAUUCUCCAGAGUUCGUGUCUGAUCGGGAAGCAUACAUUAAUGCCCACUUGAACGAUAUUAGCAAGCAUUGGUUGUCUACUCCGGAAGGUCGUGAGAAACUGGCCUUAGAGAGCUACGUUUCCUACCAGAUCGGGAUAUAUGCCACUCAACAGAAAAUAUAUCCUAUCUUGAGGGAUAAGGCUGGUACCUCUUGCAUCACUGAUUGGGGACUUCCUCCUGAGGUUCCCAACCCUGAGAACCCGGUAGCCAACACGCCCCUGGACUAUAUUCCUUUUGACAGACUCCCCACUGAUGAGGAGCUUGGCGAUCUUCCUUCCGAGACAGAUCACCCAGCUUCGACUGCUUCUGUGCCUUAGAGCAUGCAUGGGAGUGACGGAUGGACGUAGUGUAGACUUUAAUUCUGUCAUGUCUUCAAUUACGAGUACCCGAAUUGCUCAACAUGUUUUGAAUUUCAUAAAAUAAUAAUGAUGCAUGUCUUAUUUUCCUUUCGUUAUUGUUU